CAUUCAAGCAUGACAAAUGGCUCGAAAUUUGAUAUCGUCUUUAUGUUAGGAUUGUUUUCUUUUAUAAGCAUACAAUAUUUGUAUUUUAACAUUAUAUUCGUCCUUCAUAUAACAAACAAGAAGUAUCGACUAGCUCGAGGAAGAGCUUAUACAGUGCAAAGGAUUUUACUCCCAGUCCAGAAAGUAAACAAGUGCGCAAGAAAUCUAAACGACAACAAGACGAAGAAUAUGUUCGUCAAAUAUUUCCAAAGUUGUUUAAGUAUGAUGUUGGAAAGGAAAUCAGUGUUUGUAAUGCUAUGAGUAAUGUGAGGGGCUCUUGCCCAGAUGUGCACAUAACUCGACCUACAUUGUGGAAAUGCAUACAAGAAGUUUUUCCUGGAAAAGUUACAGUUAUUGAGAAACAAAUUGGCUCACAGAAAGAUGGCAUUGAUUUAAGAAAGAGGUUAUCUUUCUAUCAAAACAUUACAACUAAAUCUGAAGUAUACCUUGAUGACAAUGUACCAUCAACACAGUUAGGAACUGGGAAUCCUGCUCUUGAUAAGUUGAUGCAUGAGAAUGAGUUACUAAGGAAAGAAUUAGCGAACUCUAAACAAUUAACAAAUUAGAAGCUAUUGCAACAGAUGGAGCGUUGUCAAACAAACAAUGCAAGCAGCUGGAUCAUGAAAUGGCUUCAAUACGUCAGUUAUAUUCAAUUGAUUUUGAACAUUUUGCAGAGCCAUAUGAAGAAGGCAAUGUCGUGAAACCUGGUUUCUUCGGCAAAAUUGCUACAGAUAUUACAGAAAAAUGCCCUAUACUAACUAGUAUAAUCAAUUCUAUUGCUGUGGGAAAGUCUGCUGAAAGGAAUACAGGGAAAUUAACAGACUUGCACAUUCAAAUUCAAGGCAGCCAUCCAGGCAGUUAUGGCAUUAGAUGAUGUGAAAAGUGACCGAUCUGCAAAACAAAGUGCCGUUUAAGAUUUUUAUAAAUCUGUUUCGCAUUUUUGCACUGGAUGUGUGGGCAUGCUAAUCCACUCGUUUCCGCCAUAUUUAGUCAUCUUAAAGGAAAAGCGUGCGCGAGACUGAAACCGAGUUUACGAAAUGUACUAGGCCUUCUCCGCCGGAACCGUCACGAAAAUUACCGAUCAGCGUUUCUCAGCGUUUCCGGGUAACUAAUUAACGGCGGUAGAAGGCCUAUUAACUAGGCUAGCAUGAGGUAAGCACGCACACUUAUCCGUCGUCACGUUUUGGAUGUUGCAUCAUCCGUACGUUCUCCGGUUCGUUCCGGCCGGAAACGACCAAUCAGAAGGGCGGAUAUCGGACACGAAAUUAAAAAUUCCAAAACAAUGGGGCAGUCAAAGAACGGAGCGUAAAACUUUGAUAAGUUGUGGUUGAAAUUGGCGAUCAAAUAAAUGUGAUAAAAUGUCCUUUAAGCUUUGUAUUUUGGUGUGAAUUGCGUACUGACACCUACAUUAGCUUUGAGAGCUUAUAUACUAUGUAUUCGCUCAGUAAUCGGGCUUGUUUUGGCCUUCGUUCUGCCUUGAAGAGUCGCGUUGUAUUUUGGCAACGUGGCUUAAGCAGUCAAGAGAACGGGAAUGGCUUGACGAGCUUCGAUGAACUCUACACGGGCAGAAAAGCUGCGCUACAUCGUAUGGAAUUAAAGAACAAGAAAAGAGUUAUGGUGAAGCUUGGUUCUGCCGUGAUUACUCGCGAGGAUGAGUGUGGUGUUGCUCUCGGAAGAUUAGCCUCUAUUGUAGAACAGAUAUCGGAACUACAACAGUUGGGUCAUGAAAUGAUGUUGGUAACAAGUGGUGCGGUUGCAUUUGGCAAACAGAGGCUUCGCCAUGAACUGCUGUUGUCUCGUAGCAUGAGACAAUCCCUGAGACCAAACGAGCAUCCGCAGGGAAAUUUACUUCCACAACUUGAGCCAAGAGCAUGUGCUGCUGUGGGUCAGGGUGGGUUGCUGUCAUUGUACGAAGCCAUGUUUAGCCAGUAUGGAUUGACUUGUGCUCAGGUUCUCGUAACGACUCCGGAUUUUAAAGAUGCCGAACUUCGAAGCAAUUUGAGGUCGACAAUGGACGCGUUGAUAAAAAUGAAUUGCAUUCCAAUAAUCAACACGAACGAUGCUGUUGCACCGCCACCCGGCGAAGACCACGACCUAAAAGGGUUAAGAAGAAAGUCAAACUCGAUAAUCAGUUUGAAGGAUAACGACAGUUUGGCUGCCUUGCUUGCUGUAGAAAUGAGAACAGAUGUUUUAGUUCUGCUGUCAGAUGUGGAUGGAAUAUAUACGUCGCCACCAGCUCGAAGCGAUUCCCAACUCAUCUCGACCUUUCAUCCUUCAAAUUUGGAAAACAUCACUUUCGGUGAAAAGUCUAGAGUUGGUAUGGGGGGAAUGGAAUCUAAGGUGAAGUCCUCAGUCUGGGCUCUUGAACGUGGAACGUCCGUGGUGAUUGCGAAUGGCGUUGGUUCCGAGUACCACGCUCUUUCAAAGAUCUUGGCUGGUGGAAAAAUAGGAACAUUUUUCUCCCUUGCAGAGCAGACGGGGCCUUCGGUAGAGGACCAAGCUGAAGAAGCCAGAAGUGCCGGUCGAGCGUUGCAAGCACUGGAACCCGAGAAGCGUGCUGAUAUUUUGUAUCGCCUUGCGGAUCUUCUUGAAGAACGAACAACAGAGAUUCUUGAUGCAAAUGGUCGUGAUUUGGAAGCAGCGACAUUAUCCGAAAACCUCGAGCCGGCUAUGUUGUCCAGACUCUCACUAACUCCGAGCAAAAUCAACAAUCUCGCCGCCGGAAUCCGACAGAUUGCCGAAAGCUCUCACGAGAAUAUCGGUCGGGUCCUCCGAAGAACGAAGGUUUCCGAAGAUUUAGAGCUCGUUCAAGAGACAGCACCGAUUGGUGUGUUGAUGGUGAUAUUUGAAUCACGUCCUGAUGCAUUGCCACAGGUGGCCGCGUUAGGACUGAGUACUGGCAAUGGUUUGCUGUUGAAAGGCGGGAAAGAGGCGUAUCAUAGCAACCGUUGUUUGCUGAAGAUCGUCCAAGAGGCUGUGUCAAGACAUGCUCCGAGAACGGCCGUACAAUUGAUAAGCACUCGGGAAGCAGUGAGUGAUCUUCUCAAACUAGAAGGAAUAAUUGAUCUCGUCAUACCUCGUGGCUCCAACGAGCUGGUUCAGCAAAUUCAAGAGAAAAGCAAAGGGAUACCUGUGCUCGGUCACGCGGAGGGAAUAUGUCACGUGUUCGUUGAUAAAGAGGCAGACCCUGCGAUGGCUAUUCGCAUUGUGAUUGACUCAAAGUGUGACUAUCCAGCGGCCUGCAAUGCUAUGGAAACCUUACUCAUCCACAAAGAUCUCAUUGGAACGCAAACAUUCCAGGAUAUUCUUAACAACUUAAGAGACAAACAGGUUGUAGUUCAUCCAGGAAUGCGUUUAGCUAAGGCGUUGCCGUUUGGUCCAAUGGCUGCGACAUCGAUGCGAAAAGAGUACGGGGCAUUGGAAUGCACGAUGGAGAUCGUGGAUAAUGUUGAAGACGCUGUCAAUCAUAUUAAUAUAUAUGGUAGUUCCCAUACCGAUACCAUCGUAACGGACGACGAUGAAGCAGCGCAGAUGUUCCUGAAGGCCGUCGACAGCGCGUGUGUGUUUCACAAUUGCAGUACUCGCUUCGCGGAUGGCUAUCGUUUCGGCCUGGGUGCUGAGGUUGGCAUCAGCACGGGCCGAAUUCACGCUCGUGGCCCGGUGGGUGUUGAGGGACUUUUGACUACACGAUGGGUCCUCAAGGGGCACGGUCAGACCGUGGCGGACUUUGCCGAAGGAGGCAGCCUUCGAUACCUGCACGAAACCUUGCCGUUGACCGAGGAGGAAGUACAGGACAUUGAGGGUGAAAUAGGGACUGGCGAGGACAUCGAGGAUAGCCAAUACGAAAAGGACAAUAUUGGCAAAGGUGGUUGAGAAUCCCCAGAGUCCUUAUUUUUGAGGACUCUAAAUGCAGCCGAUAUUUUAACUGCUACAAACGUUUUCCUUAUUUUUUUACAUUAUAUUCAGGGGGGAGGUUAUAAUGUCACUGAACAUCUCCGGCGCGGCAACAUUACAAGGAUUGGGAUCCAUAUGGGAUGAUUUUACAAUUUUAUUAGAUGAAGUACAGGUACCGAAAUUACCGCCAUUUCGAGUGGCUCCACUUUAAUGUAAUCACGUUUCCAGUUAUUGGUUAAAAGGAAAAAUAUUUCCUUUCUAAUAAUUUAUCGUCGACUUAAGCCGGUUUUCCACUAGCGAUAUUUUUCGCGCGAAGCGACUUUACUCCUUUGUAUUUGAGCAAUUUGUUCCAG